UUUCCGCCGGCUUUCCCACGCCUGCCACAAGCUUCAGUUGCUCGUUCACUUCCCAAUUCCGCAAGAGCUCUGGGCAACAAAGAAUUAUGGAGAAGCGCCUGCAGGAGGCUCAGCUGUUCAAGGAGGAAGGGAACCAGCGUUACCGAGAAGGGAAGUACCGAGAUGCUGUAAGCAGGUACCAUCGAGCUUUGCUUCAGCUGCGAGGUCUGGAUCCAAGUCUGCCCUCCCCGAUACCUAACAUAGGACCUCAGGGCCCAGCCCUCACACCUGAACAAGAGAAAAUACUGCACACUACCCAGACAGACUGCUACAACAAUCUAGCUGCCUGUCUCCUUCAGAUGGAGCCAGUAAACUACGAACGAGUGAAAGAAUACAGUCAGAAAGUCCUGGAACGACAACCCAAUAAUGCGAAGGCCUUGUAUCGGGCUGGCGUGGCCUUCUUUCAUCUGCAGGACUAUGACCAGGCUCAGUACUACCUCCAGGCAGCUGUCAACAGGCAGCCAAGAGGAAAGCACCAUUGUAUACCCUCCAGAAGUAUUUAUGCUUCAACAGGCGCAUGUAUAAUCUCCCCUCCUUCCCCCAGUGAAAGAGAUUUUAAAUCAUUGUUUUUCAAGUUCCGGUUCCGAGAUUGUAACUGAAACAGGAUCUGGAUUCCAAUGAAUACACUUGAUGAUCCUCACUUUGGCCAGCUCCCACACUGGGUCUGGCCUUUGCUUUAGCUAUCGUUUUAUCCUUUAGCUCAACUAAGCCCAGGUAUGACCUAGAAAAAGGGCAAGUCUACUGAGACAGAAUUUUAAACUUGGUACUUUGUUUCCAAGGUAAGGAUAUUGUGAAGUGGAUUACAGAUACUUUCCUGUGUUCAGCCCUGAAAAUUGUCUCCCAUUUUGCAUUCUGGCUUAGAAAACUCUCUAAAUGAAUGGGGGGUGGGGGACACCUGGCUGCCUCAGGCGGUAGAAUGUGUGACUCUUGAUCUUAGGGUUGUAAGUUCAAGCCCCAUGUUGGGUGUAGAGAUUACUUAAAAAUAAAAUCUUGGGCACCCCGGUGGCUCAGCGGUUUAGCACCGCCUUCAGCCCGGGGCAUCAUCCUGGAGACCCGGGAUCGAGUCCCACGUCGGGCUCCCUGCAUGGAGCCUGCUUCUCCCUCUGCCUGUGUCUCUGCCGCUCUCUCUCUCUCGAUCUCUCUCAUAAAUAAAUAAAUAAAUAUUAAAAAAUAAAUAAAAUCUUAAUAAUAAUAGUAAUAGAAUAAAUGAGUGGGCAAGCCCCUGUGAAUUAAUAAAGACCUAAAACAUGAGGCAUUUGUCCAUAUUUCUUACUUUCAAGUAAGUUCAUUACAAAAAUGAACUGCUAGCCAGGUAUAGUAUCUUUAGACUCUCUCUAGUUGUGACAACAACUAUUUCUUCAAAUUCUCUUUCAUUAUGAAAUUAACAACCAGCCAGUCCUGAUUGUACAGAGAUUUUUCUCCCUGUACAGAGAUGUCUAAAGAAAAAAAAAAUCACACUAGUAUUAAUGAAUGAGAUUUACUAUUGCAAAGACUAGUUAUGAUAUAUUGAGAUCUGAGAAAGAUUUUUAGCAACAGAAGUAUGCAGGGGAGGGUGAGGAGAUGGCAGUGGAGUAGGGGGACCCUAGGCUCACCUUGUCCCACAAAUGCAACUAGGUAACUUACCAAAGCAUCCUCAAUACCCCAGAAAUCAACCUGAAGUGAAGACUGGCAGAACAAAUUCUACAACUAAAGGUAGAGAAGAAGCCUCAUCAAAGAAGGGCUAAAAUAGGGACACCUGGGUAGCUCAGUGGUUAAAGUGCCUGCCUUCAGCUCAGGGCAUGAUCCUGGAGUCCUGGGAUCAAGUCCCACUUGGGCUCCCUGCAUGGAGCCUGCUUCUCCCCCUGUCUAUGUCUCUGCCUCUUUCUCUCUCUGUGUCUCUCAUGAAUAAAUAAUUAAAAUCUUAAAAAAAAGAAAAAAGAAAAAAAGAAGAGCUAAAAUAGCAGCUGAAGUCUUUUUUUCUUUCUUUCUUUUCUUUUUUUCCAGCUUAAGUCUUAUACCCACGUUUAUGUUUGUUCACAGGAAGAUUCCUGGGCUCUGGAGAGUAAAAAAUACUCUGCAUAUUUUGUAGAUCCGAACAAACGUAUUCUCCCAGAGAAUAUGUUUAUUUUCAUACUUACACACACAUACACACACACCUCCCCCCACCAAAAAAAUUUGUUCUAGCAUGAUAUUAAAUAAACUCAAAUGAUUAUUUUUAGAUUCAGAAAUCUGGUCCUCCUCAAACCUACUUUCUCUAGUAAUUUCUUUGAAAGACUGAAAUCUUGAUUUGAAAUAAUAGUGCUGGUUUAUAUCAUUUAUUCAGGAUGUCACUUGGGAUUAUCUCUGAUCUAUUUUUGUAAAAUAACCACAUCCCUAAAGUGGGGGUAAAAAUGCUAGCUUGCAGAAGCCAGUAACAGUAACUUUUCCCUAUUUUUUUUUUUUAAUUCAUUUAUGAUAGUCACAGAGAGAGAGAGAGAGGCAGAGACAUAGGCAGAGGGAGAAGCAGGCUCCAUGCACCGGGAGCCCGAUGUGGGAUUCGAUCCCGGAUCUCCAGGAUCUCUAGUAUCACGCCCUGGGCCAAAGGCAGGCGCCAAACCACUGUGCCACCCAGGGAUCCCUCCCUAAGUAUUUUUAAUCAAUAUGUUUGCUUUGAACAUUUUUUUUAAGGUUUUAUUUAUUCAUGAGAGACACAGAGAGAGAGAGGCAGAGACACAGGCAGAGGGAGAAGCAGGCUCAAUGCAGGGAGCCCGAUGUGGGACUCAAUCCCGGGACCCCAGGAUCACACCCUGGGCCAAUGGCAGGCUCUAAACCGCUGAGCCACCCAGGGAUCCCUGCUUUGAACAUUUUAAAAGACUCAUUUUUUUUUUUUAAUUUUAGCCAUGACUAAAAAAGGAUCUGACUCUAUAAAAGUAUAAAAUGAUUGUAAAAAAAAACAAAAAAAGGAUCCUGUGAACAAUUCUUUCCUGCCCCAAGCUGUGAUUAUGUUCUAAUUGUCUCUAAUUGCCUUCUUUGCCCUAUUCUAAGAUGCCAAUGUCCGGCGGUACCUCCAGCUAACACAGUCGGAACUCAGUAGCUACCAUCAGAAAGAGAGGCAGCUCUACCUGGGCAUGUUUGGUUAACAAAGAAGAAUGAUGCUCCUCCACUUGAACUUGAAAGUUAAAGACCAAUUGAGGGAAGCCUCUGCAAGAGCAAUUAACCCCAUACCUCUCACGCGGUCGAUUUCUGUUUUGUUUCUAGCUCUGCACAACUUCUUUGGGACUUACACAGUCUUUUUUUUUUGGUGGUGGUGAAGUCAAUGUAUGUAUUUGUAUAGCUUUCCAUACAUGAUAUUCUUGGGGAUAUUUCCCUUGAGAAAUAAAAUCAGCUAUAAAUGCAGUUAA